CUGGGGUUGAUGGAAAGAUAAAUCCGCCCUUCUUAAAAAGAGGGUAUGUGGUCGACUGCACAAGGCAAUCCGAUUCAUCACCUCCUCUCCGAAUUUGCGAAUUUGUUGAGUUCUGGGAAGCGAAUGUUGCAUCAAGGUUCCCCGACCUUCCAAAAACAAUGCUCACCCUUAUCAGCGCCACCCCCUCACCAUACGCGCGCAAAAACCGAAUAGCACUCAUCGAGAAAGGCAUCCCCUUUGACCUGAAAUCCGAAAUCCCCUGGCACAGUACCACCGAAACACCCAAGUACAACCCGCUCGAAAAACUACCGAUCCUAAUCUUCGACGAUGGGCGGGCACCCAUAUAUGAGUCAUGGUACAUCCAAGAGUACAUCGUCCAAAAGUACCGUGGCAAAGGCCCCGAUCUGAUGCCAGGUUCACUAGACGAUCAACUCCAAGUCCGGCAAAUCCAGGUUCUGGCCGAUGGCGCUUGUGAUGCCAUGAGUCUUGUAUUCUUUGAGACGGGGAGGGGAGAGUUGUUGAGUAAAGAGUGGCUUGAUCGUCAAUUACGAAAGGUCAAUGGUGUGAUCAAGGCGAUGGAUGAGCUGGUGCAGAAGACGCAGGGGAAAUUUCUUGUUUGUGAUGAGUUUUCGGUGGCGGAUAUUGCGGUUGGUGCGAUGUUGGGCAUGAUGGAUAUGGUAGAGACGAAGUUUGGGUUGAUUCAUUGGAAGGAGCAGUAUCCUGAAUUAAAUAAAUAUUGGGAGAUGUUGGAAAGUAGGGACAGCUUUAGGGAGACCCAACCAGUCAUGUUUGAGUUGACGGAGAAGGUUGCAUAAGGGUUGUUGUUUGUACGUGUAAUAAAUGCAUCGUUUAGUGAUUACUGAGAGCAUACAUACUGGCGUAC